AUGUUGCACAGCUCUAUAACUCCUACUGCAACGGUUAGCAUCUCAGAAAUGUUCAGCGCCAAACUCUACAUCGUUGUUGCUCUUAUUGUAUCUGUUACGGCCUUACCAGUCGCACAAAUCGAAUCAGUUGAAACUGAAGUUGGUCGAGCCGAUACUGCGUGGCUCCGAGAAGUUGAAGCUAUUCGUGCCGAUACCGCUUGGCUGCGUGAGGUUGAAGUCGCUCGUGCCGAUACUGCGUGGUUGCGACGCUCUACACAGCAAGAUACUCAAUGA